AUGGCACAGUCCAUCCCUUCCCGCCAGCGGCCUUCUCUCGGCCAGAUGCGCAGCAGCUCAUUCCUUCAGGACCACCAGCAAUAUAAGCCGCCAAUCCCCAUUAACCAGACUAUCGGGGAGGUCCUCGGCGCGCAGAUGGAGGAGACCUUGAAAAUAGCCAACCCUAUCAGCCCAGACCCCGAGCGAGUCACCGACAGCGGCAUUAUCCACAGCAUCUUCCACCCUCAGGCCAAUUCACUACCGACCGGUACCCCUCGCAUCGUCGCUACGAUCUACUACAAAUCCGCCAACCCGGUCCACCCCCACUUCCAUCCCGAUGCAUCCCCAAAUCCCACCUCAGGCGAAAGACUCCCCUCGCCCCAGGUGCCCGAGGGCUCUGCGCCCACGGCCGACAUGGACAAAUUCCCGCGCGAGCCACCUGCCCCAGAGCCGGAGCCGCUAGAUCACUUAUACGGGCCUUACGUGUCCCAGCUGUGCUUGACCAAUUUCCUGCAGAUCCUCGAGGCUCUCCCAACCCCAUACCAGCGCACGACUACUUCACAUCGCUGUCUGGACCGUACCGAGCAACCUCGUGUAGUCGAGGUCACAUUCUCCCCGCCGCCAGAUCCGAAGUAUCUCUCCUUCAAGGAUCUGCGGAAGCACGAGAGUAUUUGGCGCUUUGAGCGCGAGUGGAACGUUGAGGUCGUUUUGCAGAAAGAGAGUGUGUUCCGCCGACAUAAGCGCCUCGCUAUAUUUGAUAUGGAUAGUACUCUCAUUAAGAAUGAGGUCAUUGAUGAGAUUGCCAAGUUCGUUGGCGUGGAGAAGGAGGUUUCGGAAAUCACCGAGCGCGCAAUGAACGGUGAAUUAGACUUCUCUGCAUCACUGAAGGAGCGCGUUGCGCUUCUGAAGGGCGUUCCAGCGGAUGUGUUCGAAAAGCUCAAGUCCGUGAUCACUAUUGCCCCAGGCGCUCGCGAGCUGUGCCGGGCUUUGAAGGCCCUCGGAUACAAAAUGGCAGUCUUGAGUGGUGGCUUCCAGCCAUUAGCCGACUGGCUGGCAGAACAACUGGGUCUGGAUUAUGCAGUCGCCAACCAUUUGGAAGUCGACACCGCCACACAAACUCUGACCGGAAAACUGGUCGACUCCUACCCCAUCAUCGAUGCAGUCCAGAAGUGCUCUCUUCUGAAGUCCAUCGCUGAGCAAAACAAAAUCCCUCUCUCUCAAACCAUAGCGGUCGGCGAUGGCGCGAAUGAUCUGCUCAUGCUUGAUGCUGCUGGACUCGGCGUUGCCUGGCGUGCCAAGUCUAAGGUGCAGCUUGAAGCGCCCACCCGCAUUAACGGAGAAAGCUUGGUUGAUAUUCUGUACCUGCUUGGAUUGGAGAAGGAAGACAUCGAGGAGUUGAUUGAGAUGAAUAACUGA